AUGGAGCCCAUUCCUCGGCCUGUCCCAGAAUCGGUACCCUUCCCGCUUGAUUCAGGACCCGACGAUGACGCAUUCAAGGACGCCUCGCCUUUCAUCCCCUUUUAUCGCACCCCGAACCCUGCAAUUAAUGUGAUGCUGAGGGGGAAGAAUCCUGAGCAUCAAGUGGUGCUUUCAAGAGUGGAUUAUCUCGUGGGUGGUUUUGAAAUUCAUAAGAACCUUUGGAAGCGUUGCGCGGAAAGCAUGUCCAGCAGGGACAAAUGGUCGGCGCCUUGCGCAGUUGGGCUUGAUUCCAGUGCCGCCUCUUCUUGUGGCGUCGGCGAAGGGACCGCCUUUGCCGGCGGCCGCCUACGCUACAUGCCCAUCAACUACUCCAGCGAGUCUGGCUGGUGGGCGGGUGCUUGUCAGUACUCAUCCAUCACAACACCAGCACCGGACAUGAGUCGCCAACAGCAGCAGCAGCAGCAUCAUCAUCAUCAGGGACGCCACCAAGAGCAGCAAAUAGGCGGCGGGAAAUCGGGCACUCAUAGACCGGUUUUGGCUGAACAUGUGGCGGACCAUGCGGCGACCCUCGUGGCGCCCGAUGGCUCAGCCACUCCUGGCCUAAAGCAGGAGUUCAAGGCGUGUUGUCGGGGCCUGGCCAAGGCCACGAGCAGCAAGAAAAAUAAAGGAAGGAAAGCCCAUGGGCACACGGAAGAGGUUUUCGUUCCGGAUUACUUGUUCCCGCACGCAGCCAGCCAGCAGGUGCGAUUAAAUAGCAGGUCGGGUCGCGUUCGAUUUCGGGUCAUUUCCUGGCGAAAACCCAACACCUGCGACGUUUCCCAGGAAACCCGCAAGACGACGCUAGGCUCGCUUCUGACGCUGACGAUCGGCUUUCAUAUUUUCGUUUCAUGA